AAAGAGAAAAGGAAAAAAAACUACCCCUUGGCUUCUUUAUUCACUCGCAAGAAUCUAGAGAGAGAAAGAGAGAAGAAACAAGAGAGAGAAAGUAGAAAAAGAAGAAGAUGAGCGGCAAGAAAUCUUCGACCUUCUCUUCUUCGAUUCCUUCGAAGAUGAGGGAAACAGUGCAGAAUCUGAAGGAGAUCGUGAACUGCAGUGAGCAGGAGAUCUAUGCGAUGCUUAGAGAGUGCAACAUGGACCCUAAUGAGGCCGUUCAAAGACUCCUCGCGCAAGAUACUUUUCAUGAGGUGAAGAGCAAACGUGAAAAGAAAAAGGAGAUCAAAGUGACUGGUGAAUCCAAGUCUCAAAGAGUGAGCAGCAGUAGUUCAAGUCGUGGAGUCAGGGGUGGUGCUGACCAAUCAGGACGUGGUGCUGCACAAACUCAUUCUGAUGAUUCUGAAGUUAUUCGCAGUAAGCAUGCACACACAAAAGAAAAUGCGGCGAGGGUCAGCCAUACUUCAGCAGCUCUAGGUUCUCGAGGAUCAACUAGUAACUCCAGUUGGGGCGUAGCACCCUCAAGCUACAGUGAUCCCUUAGGGGAUGUGACACAUUUUCCAGGAUUAUCUGGUCACAUCUCUUCACAACCUUCAUCAACAGUGCAGCAUCAGUGGUUGGGGGUGCCAGGUCAACUUUCAAUGGCUGAUAUUGUGAAGAUGGGUAGGGCUCAACGAAAACCUUCAAAUACAUCUGCAGUGGAAACUGAGCUGUGCAAUUCCUUGUCACAUAAAGCAGUUGCAUCAAAUUCCCAGGGCAAUGUCAUUACAGUUACUCCAUAUGAAGCUAAUCAGGAUAAACAUUCUUCACAAGAUAAUGUUUUCCAGGUUUCAGAGGUUGGACACGAGCCGAGCACUUUAAUCGGCCAGCAUGAAUCUCUUGAAGAAUGGACCCUAGUGGAUCACUCAGCUGAUGAAGGUUCUGCAGUGCUUGUAGAUGUAUCUGCUGGUUCAUCUGUCUACCAUGAACCAUCUGUAUCAUCUAGCUCACGCAUUGAUGAGGUUGACUCACAUCUAAAUCCUCAUGUAGAUGACAUUCAAAAAUCAGGACAGGUUAGUGGAAGAAACCUAACUACAGGAUCCACAACUUCUGAUGCACAAUUGAGGGUUGAUAGUUCUGAUGAAUCCUCAUGCUCGGAUGACGCAUCAUUUAGGAACGAUAGUUCGUAUCAGCAACAGGAAGCUGAGUUUGUCCAGGACGAACUAUCAUCAGACUUGCAGCACUUGAACAUACAAAAGAAAGAGCAGAGUGCAGCAUCAUCAGAAGAAAAGCCUGCAGUAGUAAUUCCUGGGCACCUUCAGGUUACUAAUGAAGACUUUUCACGUUUGAGCUUUGGUAGCUUCAGGUCAGGUGUUGGCUCUUCCCUUGCCGGAGAAGUUUUGCCCAAGCCUUUGAAAAGUAAUUUUGGGGUUGACUCUAUUACAGAAAAUGCACAAUCUGUUGGUUACCAAGAUACAAGGGUUCAGGAAUACUACAAUACUGAACAGUUAAGGACUACAGCAGAUGACAGGGUUUCCCUCAUCAAUGAUGCCACAACUUUGAAGAAUUAUGAUGUUUCAACCUCACAACCUGAGCAUAGCAGAAAUGACACAAUUAUUUCUGAACAACAACAUCAGUACAACAUUCCUUCUGUUUCUGGCUUUGCAGUUUCAGGUACCACCAAACCAGAUUAUGCAGCCAAUUGCGAUGUACAAGCAAACACACAAAUGCAAAACCUUUCUCUGCCUACAAAUUUGAAGCAACCACAUAUUGACUCAUCUCCGAGCAAUUUAUUGAGCGGGAAUGCUCAAUCUCUUCAAGGGCAAGAUCUUCCCUUUUUGCACUCACUCACAGAUCAGUCUAUCUCAACACAAUAUAGGCCUUCGACGUCAUCUUUCAGCGGGCCAACCUUUUCUUCGCCUGAGGUUUUGAUGCCGGGGCUUUUCUCCAACUUUCAUUCUAUUCCUCAAACCACUUCCAGUCACACAAUCUCCAGUGGAGCUGCACUGCAUCAACAUCUUUACUCCCAACCAACUCUGCCUCUUGGGCCUCUGACUAACAUGUACACCUAUCCUGUCCUUCCUCAAAAUAUUGCUUACAUGCCCUUUUCAGGAAAUAGUCCCUUCCACCAAUCUCCAGCUUCCCUUCAAAGUGCGGCCAUGAAAUAUGGACUCCCACAGUUUAAAUCUAGCAUGUCUCUUCCUACUGGCUCAGGCUAUGGAGGUUUUGGAAGUUCAACGAAUAUUUCCGGAGCUUUCUUACAGAACCCAUCGAAUAUCGCUGCUGGCUCAUCGAUUGGUUAUGAAGAAGCACUAAGAUCACAAUAUAAGGAGAGCAUCGCUCUUCAUCAGGGUGACAACUCCUCAUUGUGGCAUUCACGACCACUUUCAGCAGCAGUUCCACCGAGCAAUUUCUACGGCCUCCAGGGGCCGAGCCAAAACAAGCAGCAACAUUCUUCGACAGGGUCAGCAGCCUGCAAACAUGGGAAUGAUGGGGUACCCAAGCUUGUAUCAUACUCAGCUGGGUGGGAUCUCUCGAGAGCAUCAGCAGCUCCAGAGCCAACAAGGGGAUCUCAGUGGUUCUCAGGGCCACCAACCAUCCCAGCAAUCCCAUCAGCUAUGGCAGCACAAUUACUGAUCUAAUGCCCAUCUUUUUCAGGGCGUUUAGGUAGUAGCUGCCUCUUAGUUGGUUAGGUGUACAUAACCGACUGAUUUCUUUUCGUCGAGGCUAAUGUAUUCUAGAGUCUGAGAUUGUGUUUUUAACUCGUUACUUACGUUCUUGCUUAAUAUCGUAAACCACUUGAAUGCUUUAGAAGAGCUUUUCGUGCUA